UUCCAACUUCACUCUCAUUGGUCAGUUUAGGCAAGAGGAAAUAAAACAUUGAUGUUCCUCUUCAUCAGCUUGUGGAUGCUGUGGUAGCUGUGUGUGCAGCUUUUUGGGCCUAGAAAUUAUACGUUUUUUCUAAGGAGAGGGACUAACAACCUGCCAACAUGUCAAGCAAAAGGGCCAAGGGAAAGAACACCAAAAAGCGUCCUCAGCGUGCCACCUCCAAUGUGUUUGCCAUGUUUGAUCAGUCUCAAAUCCAGGAGUUCAAAGAGGCUUUCAACAUGAUCGAUCAAAACAGGGACGGCUUCAUCGACAAAGAAGACCUUCAUGACAUGCUGGCCUCAUUAGGUAAGAACCCCACAGAUGAGUACCUGGAGGCCAUGAUGAAUGAAGCACCUGGCCCAAUCAACUUCACCAUGUUCCUGACGAUGUUCGGAGAGAAGCUGAACGGCACAGAUCCAGAGGAAGUGAUCCGUAACGCUUUCGCCUGUUUCGACGAGGAGGGCACAGGUGUGAUUCAGGAGGAGUGCCUGCGGGAGCUGCUCACCACUAUGGGUGACAGGUUUACAGAUGAAGAAGUGGACGAGCUCUUCCGCGAGGCGCCCAUUGAUAAAAAAGGAAAUUUCAACUAUGUAGCAUUCACACGUAUUCUGAAACACGGUGCAAAGGAUAAGGAUGACUAGUGGGUUCAUUCUUUACUCCAUGUCUAUGUUUAAUGAGUUUCCAUUCAAGUUAGGAAAGCUAUGUCCUGUAAUUUGGCUCAUGACAAAGCUUUACUGUGGUCUACUUUACCAACAAAUGAAGCUCAUUUGUUUAAGCUGCUUUUUGGACCUCUGGGUCCCUCCAACCAAUCCUACUUUGAAAGCUUGUUUGCACAUCUGUCAUAACACUACUAAGGGGUCUCUAUAAGCUAGUGGAGAUGUAUAAAAAGACCCCCACGGAUAAAGCUGGAAAUAAACUGACACCAGAUGUCUGUUAUUGCAAAUGAAUCAGCUGUAUUUUAUAGAAUAAGCGUGGAGAUUAAAAUGUAUUCUGAGAAGAA